AUGGCAGAUCAGGCUACUCUACAAUUCGAGUUCAUCCGUUUGGAUACGAAGCCAAGUGCGCAGCUCUCCUACAGCUUCACCGAUCCUACGGCGACGAGGCCUACCCACCCAACUCUUAUUGUAUUUGUCAAUGGCCUCGGCGCACCGCAGGCAGGAUGGAUUGCAACAAUAAAGAAACUCAAAGAACUUUCUCCUCAAGGUCUUCCGGCAAUGCUGACCUUUGAUCGCUUCGGGCAGGGUCAGACUACUGAUCGUGACCCCAACGAUGAGGGAGCUGCUGAUCCAACUCAUGCCCAUGACUGCAUGGCUGUAGUUCGAGACAUUCGACAGCUCAUUACUCAAAUCUUGAAGGAUAGACUGAGUGUCGAUGACCCAGAUAGUGUCAAGCUUUUGCUGAUUGGAAAUUCAAUCGGAUGUGCUCUGACUCGUCUCUACGCUGCUGAGUACCCUGGCACCGUAACAGGAGCCCUUCUUCUCGACAGCGUGUUGACAGAUACGGACUUCGUCUCCGUCUUCCCUGACCCAGAUGCUGAGGGUUUCGACCCUGCCAGUCUUCCAUCAGGUGUCACAGCAGACAAUUUACGCGUCGCCCGAGAAGAAACCGCAAAGCGCUUUCACCCAAGUGUUGGGUCGAGAGAGGGCCUCAGUAGAAAGAACCUUGCUCAGCUUCUUGGCCACUCGGACUCACCAACCCUUCCCAAAGUCGAUGGCAAAGACCCAUAUAUCACUGUUCUGGGCCAUGACUUCAACUACUUUGCCGAGCGUACGGGAACAGACUUCAACAUUCCUGGAGAGGCUGUACAGGCUUACAUGAAUACUUAUUGGCAUCAUUAUAAUGAGGGGCUGGCGAAAUUGACGAGCUCAGAGAGGAGUGAAGGACCGAUUCAGGUGCCGAAUGCGGGCCAUUUUAUUCAACUGGAUAAUCCUGGGUUUGUGGCCGAGAAGCUGCACGACAUGUUGCAGAAAUUGGCCAAGGAAUAA